AUGGGUUGGACCUACAAUACUCCAGACGAUGCUGCCAACGACGGACCACAUAUCACUGCUGUCGCAAUCAUCUUCACGGCCUUGUCACUUUCGAUCCUGUCCCUUCGCUUUUACGUGCGUGGUUGGAUGAUUAAGGCAAUUGGAGCUGACGACUGGAUAUUGAUCGCGACUUGGACAGCGUCCUGCGGCUUCGCGGUUGUGACUAUCGUCCAAACCAAAUGGGGCCUUGGACUAAAACAUCUGGACGACAUGCCUAUUCAAAACCUAUACAACUUCGGACUCAUGCAGUACAUGGGUGCACCAUUCUACAUAACCAGUAUACUCGGCUUCAAACUAAGUCUGCUGUUGACGUAUCUACGUAUCAUGCCGAAGGGCGUGUCGCGUAAUGCUACGAUCGCCGUAAUAGUCGCAUGCAUACUCUUUCAUCUUUGCUUUCUCAUUGUUCAGAUAAACCUCUGCCAACCAGCCGCGAAACAAUGGGACCCUUCUAUCACCUGGGGUCAGUGUCUGCCAGCCGUUCCCUUCUACACUAGCAUGGCAUCUUUGACUAUCGUAUUCGACGUUAUAGUCAUGUUCCUACCCUUUCCCGUUCUGCUCAAAAGCCACAUCCAGAAGCGGAAGAAAUUCGCCUUGCUUGGCCUCCUCGCUCUAGGCACCUUCAUCACGAUCAUCCAAGUCCUGCGCAUCCGAACCGUUCGAAACCUAGCCAACUAUCUCGACUCAGGCAGUCUGAUUAUGUGGUCGACUGUAGAGAACAAUCUGGGUAUCAUCGUCGCUUCUAUCCCAACGUUAGCACCCCUGUUCAAAUACUUCGUCGAGAAGACCCAAAAGAGCUCUAAUGGCCACUCUGCGACGCGAUCGCGGUCUAUGUAUGGUUUGAAGUCGAGACGAACUACGAGGCAAGGUUCCAUCCCGCUAGGUAGUGGUGUUCAUCAGGCAACGCACGUUUCUGGGCCUUUUGAGGGAGGGAGCGAGGAGUUUAUUAUGGGUGAUAUCGCUGCUAUAACAAAGAAAACGGAAGUCACUGUUUCUUCCCGUGUUCGCGAGGAGUCGGACAGGUCGGGCAAAUAA